AUGUCAUUUGAUAUAUUUUGGGAAAAGUUAGAUAAAGACUUGGCUAACAAAGUUCAAGAUUUAUUAAAUGAAUAUUUUCGUAAUUCAAACAAUAAACCAUCAUUUAUAGGAGAUAUAGAAAUUUCAGACUUUAGUUUUGGUACUAUACCACCUUCAAUAGAAAUAGUUAAUGUCACAGAUCCUUUUCUAGAAUUUUAUUUACCUGAUAAUGCAAAUAUCGAUGUAGAAUGUAAAUUUGCUGAUGAUAAUUAUGAACAUUUACCCAUCGAAUUUCCCAAUAAUCCAUCAAUCGCAUCAAUCGACAAUAAUAGUACGCAUUUAGCGGAUGAUACAUCCGUAAAUAGUUCAUAUUUAGAUGAUAAUUCAAUACAAUCGGAUGAAUUAACAGAUGAACCCGAAGUUCCAUUGAAACAAGAUACUGAUGUACAACUACAUGUAAAUAUGAAUUAUAAGGGAAAUAUGAGGAUGACUAUUACGACAGAAUUGCACAUGAACUAUCCUAGUAUGAUGUUUAUGAGUUUACCAAUUAGACUAACUGUUACUGGAUUUGAAUUUUCCGCUACGGCUGUAAUAGCUAGUUUGAGACAGCGUGUUAAUUUUUGCUUUUUGGCACCGAAAGAUCCUGAAGAAAG